AUGGUGAAGCCAAGUCAUGAAUCCAAGUGAAAACGCUUCCAACUCUACAAAUUUAAAAAGAGGGAAAACAAAACAAAAGCAGGAAAACGCGAGUUUUCAAAGUGGCGCCAAAAACAUGAAAAACUGAAUUUCCAUUUCCCUCUUUUAUCUUUUUCUUCUAUUAAUUGUUUCCCUCUCUCCAAACACAAUCCUCAGAUAUCUUCGAUUCUGCUUUCUCUCAAAAAAAGAAACCCACUCUUUCAUUUUCUUCGCAGUGUAAGUGUAAUUACAGUGAAGGACAAAGAAGAUGGCCGGCGGAUCCAAGUCAAAUCCACCAAAGCCAAGGAAGAGGGUGGACGCUGCUUCAACCACUUCCCCUACCUCCUCUCUUGUCCGCGCCAAAGAUGGUAGUGCUUUUGCCAAAUGUGAUGAAUGUAACAAAACUGUACCAGUGGCUCUUAUUAGUAUGCAUAGUUGCAGCCUUGACGCCAAAAUUAAAAUGAAUUUGGAGGCUCAAGUUAUCGAGAAGACUGCUGAAGUGAAGAAGAAACCUGCAGAAAGGAAGAAAUCUUCAUCAACAGAACCAAAUCCGAAAAGACUGAAGAAAUUGAAGAAGGGAAAAGAUCCUAGUGCCCCCAAACGUCCUCCUACUGCCUUCUUUUUGUUCAUGGAUGACUUUAGAAAAUCUUACAAGGAAGCAAAUCCAGAUGCAAAGGGUGUUACAGGGGUUGCAAAGGAAGGUGGUGAGAAAUGGAAGUCUAUGUCAGAAGAAGAAAAGAAGCCUUAUAUUGAUAAAGCUGCGGAGCUCAAGGCAGAGUAUGAGAAGGCUUUGGAGGAGGCUAAGAAUGCUGACAAUGAAAAUGAGGAAGAGGGAGCGGGUUCAGGGAAGGAAACAUCAACUGCUGAAAAGGAAACAGAAGAAGUAUUAGAUGAUUAUUAGUCAGCGCCAUAAUCCCCAACCCCAAGAGUUUCUUUUUCUUAUUUUGUUGGGGUACUGUAAAAUUUUGAAUCUCCUUUUUGAUGUAAUGGAUUCUAGUUGGUGUCUAGAUAUGUUGACAAUCAUCUUGCUUUCUCUCUUUUCUAAUCAUGUUUGCAGUGUCUUUGACAUUUGAAGGGCAGGUUUUUAAAGUAAAAUUCAUGGCUUAGCAGUGGUGAUGAUAACAAAAAAUGGUCUUUGGAGGUGG